CGGAUGCCAUGGUUACUCCUACCACGAUCUUACAGGUGAACAAGGUGAUGUCCAUCUUGUUUUAUGUGAUAUUUCUCGCUUAUCUUCGUGGCAUCCAGUCUACCAACAUGGAUCAGAGGAGUUUGCCAGAAGAUUCAAUAAAUUCUCUUAUUAUUAAACUCAUUCAGGCAGACAUUUUGAAAAACAAGCUUUCUAAGCAGAUGGUAGACAUUAAGGAAAACUAUCAAAACACCGUGCAGAAAGCAGACACUCAGCAAGACAUGGAUGGAGAUGAAAAUGUGAAAUCAGACUUCCAGCCAAUUAUCUCAAUGGAUACAGACCUCUUAAGGCAGCAGAGACGCUACAACUCUCCCCGAGUCCUCUUAAGUGACAACACGCCGCUGGAACCACCGCCGCUGUACCUCAUGGAGGAUUAUAUUGGAAAUUCGGUGGUGGUGAACAGAACCUCCCGGCGGAAAAGGUACGCGGAGCACAAGAGCCACCGAGGGGAAUAUUCCGUUUGUGACAGUGAAAGUUUAUGGGUCACGGACAAAUCGUCUGCGAUCGACAUUAGAGGACACCAGGUAACUGUGCUGGGAGAAAUUAAAACAGGCAACUCUCCAGUUAAGCAAUACUUUUAUGAAACGAGGUGUAAAGAAGCCAAGCCUGUAAAAAACGGCUGCCGCGGCAUUGAUGACAAGCACUGGAACUCCCAAUGCAAGACAUCCCAGACUUAUGUUAGAGCACUGACUUCAGAAAACAAUAAACUGGUAGGCUGGAGAUGGAUAAGAAUAGACACGUCCUGCGUGUGCGCAUUGUCAAGGAAAAUAGGAAGAACAUAA